AUGACGGAGUUGCACCAGGCAGCAGCAGCGGGGGAUUUUGAUCAAGUUGAGGAGAUUCUGGGGCAGAAUAAAUGCGAUCCCAACCAGAGAGACGUCGACUGGAGCUACAAGACACCUCUCCACUGGGCAGCAGCUAAAGGACAUACAGAAACGGUUAGGAUCCUCAUUGAGCAUGGAGCCAGGCCAUGUCUGAGGACGGAGCACGGAUGGACCCCUGCACACUUUGCUGCAGAGUCCGGUCGGCUGGCUGUGCUGCGGCUGCUGCACUCCCUCCAUGCACCUAUAGACAAGGAGGACUGCUGUGGAGACAAACCAGUGCGCGUGGCUGAAAUAUAUGGACACCAGGACUGUGUUCGAUUCCUUAGAAAAGCAGAAAUUGAGUGCCAGGCCUACCGUAAGACAGCAGCCCAAAAAGGGAUUUCCAUGGAUGACACAGACGAGGAGUGGGCAGAACAAGGCAAAGAAAAUCAAGAAAACAGGAUCUCUAAAGGCAACGCUCAGACGUAG